AUGCUCGAUUCGUGGCCCGUUUCAGAUCUCAGGUACUUUGUCGAGCCUGAAAACCCUUCUACCUUCCAGCAAGCUGUGAAAACACAAAUGGUGGAGCAGCUCCUUGCUUCUGCGACUGCUGAUCGUUUCAUUCAUCCAGCUCCUACUCGCGAUCUGUUUCAAGCCGCUAUAGGCAAGCGCGGUCUAGUCCGCGGAAUCAUCAAAAUACAGCGGCCGUUACAAUAA